AAAAAGAUGGACACUGAAGCCAGCAGAACGAUGGAAAUCGCGGCACUUGGCCGCCCAUUCAGCCUUGGGAUGCUGUAUGACUGCCGCCAGGAUGUAGUCGUACCUGUGCUGUCCCCCACAAUGGAGCUCAGAAUACUAUGGACAAUGGUGUUCUUUUUUACAUUUUUUACGGCGUCUUUGUCCGGAGAGUGCGUGGAGGUCCGACCUCCCAUUGUUUACAGCAGGGAUCAGCUGUUAGCCCUCGGAGCCUCCGCUGCCAUGCCUACCGCCGAGCAAGCUAACAUCCCCCGCGAAGUGAGGAGGAAGAGACGCGGUACUCGGGCCGGGAUCGGGCGUCGCAGUAAAGUUAGGAGGUACCGGCCAGCGAUUCCAUCUAUUAUUAUGGGGAAUGUGAGAUCUCUCCCCAAUAAAGUAGACGAACUGGCGGCUCUUACCCGACAUCAGAGGAGCUACAGGGAGUGCAGCCUGAUGUGCUUCACAGAGUCGUGGCUAACUGCGCUAACUCCGGACUCACACGUAAACAUGGAUGGUUUUCAUCUGAUCCAGGCCGACAGAACAACAGAGAGUGGUAAGAAGAGAGGAGGGGGUCUGGCUGUGUUUGUGAAUGAUAGAUGGUGUAACUCUGGACAUUUAUCUAUCAAAGAGACGCUAUGCUGUAAGGACAUUGAGCUGCUAGCGGUUAGCAUGAGAUCGUACUAUCUACCGCGAGAGUUUACACACGUGAUUAUGAUAGCUGUGUAUGCUAUCAUCAGCUGUGUAUGUGGAACAGCCUGAAGACAAUCUCAGGACAAAAACCAACCCCCCAGGCUGCAGGAGACUUGGGGUGGGUGAAUGACCUAAAUAAAUAUUUUAAUAGGUUUGAUCAACCACCCACCCCUCCCACAGCAU